UUGAGGUUAUGAAAUUGCAUCUUCUGCUCGGGCGAGCUCGCGAGUGAUUUAAACGAGUCUCACUGACAGACGCGUAAUUUGUAGUCAAUUUUCUUAGUUUUUUGCGAUGACGUCACCCUCGGUAGUCGGGCGGUAGUGAUAGGUUAUGGGAAGGAAUACCCAGAGGUAAUGUCGUCUCCGCAAAACACCACCCUGUCCCCAGGCAGUUACUCCUCGGACCUCAGCGAAGGAUCCAUCAGCUCCCCAGCUGUCCUGCAGGACAUGACCGAGUACCUGGGGCCCAAGCGACCACUCCCGGGGUUCUCCGCGGAGCAAAUCAGCUGUCUGUGCGAAGCCCUCAUACAAUCAGGUGAUGUAGAGAAACUCGCGAGGUUCCUUUGGUUGUUACCGCCAAAUCAACUCAUGCGAGGAGAGGAGUCGGUGCUGAGAGCGCGAGCGAUCGUCGCCUACCACCGGGGAGUCUACCACGAACUUUACGCCAUCCUGGAGAGCCACAACUUCGACCCGAGGCAUCACCCGCAGCUGCAGCAGAUGUGGUUCAAGGCGCACUACAAGGAGGCGGAGAACAUCCGAGGACGGAGUCUAGGAGCUGUAGACAAGUACAGACUGAGGAAGAAAUACCCGCUGCCGAAGACCAUCUGGGACGGUGAGGAGACGGUGUAUUGUUUCAAGGAGAAGAGCCGCAACGCGCUCAAGGAGUGUUAUGAGAGAAACCGAUAUCCUACUCCGGACGAGAAGAAGUGUUUGGCGACGACGACUGGGCUCACUAUGACACAGGUCAGCAACUGGUUCAAGAACAGGAGACAGAGGGACAGGACGCCGCAGCAACGCAACGAGUUGGUGAUCUCUAGCGACGCCACGUGUCUACUAAGCCCGUCGUCCGGCGGUCUCCUAGACCUCAUGUACAAGGACGGGGUCAAGAGCGAGGGGGGCGUGCACCCUAGCUUCCAUCACAUGGUAGCCCAGGCGUCGUACCAUGGAUACGAGCAGUUUCUUACCUCAAGCCAGCACACGUGAGUUGGAGAGUCUACGAGUGUGAACCUCAGCUUUUGGGAGCAUCUCUGAAUGUAAACCUCAACUGUGGGAGCGUCUGUGAGUGUGAACCUGAACCGUGGAGCAUCUUUGAGUGUAAACCUUAACUUUGGGAGC